AUGACUGAUAGUAAUGUAGAACUAAAAGAAGAUGAUCAAAUAAAUGGAAUAGUCUGCAAUAAUUGCAAGCUAAGUGAUACUAAAGUUUUGCUGUUGACUUCUAUAGAUCUAAUCAAGAGGGGAGUUGAGAUAGCUGAUAAUCGCCUAAUAGGUCGUGCACUGCAUUCAUAUGCAGUGUUAAGACGUUCUUGUAAACUAAAUAAUAUUAUCUUAAUUCUUAAUAGCAUUAAUACUUUAACUGAGGGUUCUUUAGGUGAAGAUUGUAGAGUUAUUUUAUCUAUUCUAUUAAAUGUAGUUAAAUCUUCCAAUGAGGACAUUGAUAUGAAGAAUACUAAUACUGUAGAUUUAAUUGAAGAUACUGAUACUAAGAUGGAACAGCUAGUUAAUAAGUUGGAUAUAUCUGUAUAUUCUAAUUGUUUACCAGAAUGUGUGACAUUUCUAGGAUCACUAGCAUUGAUACAUUUAUUGGAUUCAAAGAUUAAAUCGAAAAUAGAAACUUUGAAUACUUUUGAUAAACAAUUAACAGACUCUUUAGAACUUUCUGUAGCUUUAUAUCAGUUUGUAAGAAAGUUUACACAUCAAUCUAUGGAUCUACUAUCAGCUAAGGCCAUUUUUUAUUAUGGUAGGGUGAACGAACUUUGUAAGAAACUCGGAAGUAUCAGAAAUGAAAUAUUAGCUUCCUAUAGAAUUGCUACUUUACAUCAUAAUCUGAUGACUCAAGCAACUUGUUUAAAUUUAAUUUUGAGAAGUUAUAUAUUAGAAAAUCUGUAUGAUUUAGGGCUUAAAGCUCUAGAAAAGUUGACUUAUCCUGAACAAUUAUCAUCAAAUGCUCAACAAGCACGUUAUUUAUAUUACUCUGGUAUUUUAUAUGCAAUGAAACUAGAAUAUUCUAAAUCUUACAGUUGCUUAACUCAAGCAAUUCGUAAAGCCCCCCAUACAAAGGGGAAGUCAGGUUUGAGCUUUGCUUUAUCAUCUCAGAAAUUUGCAAUUGUAGUUCAACUUUUAAUGGGGGGAAUUCCUGAAAGAUUUACUUUUAAUACCUCAUCAUUACGAAGAGGUUUAUUACCAUAUUUAUAUUUAACACAAGCUGUUAGAUCUGGAGAUAUUAGAGAAUUUGAAACUGUUAUUGAGAAAAAUAGAACUAUUUUUGAAAAUGAUCGUGCUAUGGCUUUGAUUCAAAGAUUAGCUCAUAAUGUUAUACGAGCUGGUCUUAGAACUAUUUGUGUAUCCUAUAGUAGGAUAUAUCUUGAUGAUAUAGCAGAUAAACUUGGUUGGGGAAAUACAGAUGAUAUAGAGGGAGUUGUUGCAAAAGCUAUUUUAGAUAAAGUAAUAGAUGCUAGGAUUAAUGAUGAAAUGAGAUCAGUGGAAAUGAUUCCCCAGAGGGAUCAAUAUGGAUCUGAUGUAAUGCUAAGAAGUCUUCAUUCACGCAUUGCAUUCUGCCUCCUCCUCAGAAGUGAUGCUAUUAAAGCAAUGGAGUAUCCAGAUGUAUCUACAUCUACUAAACCCUCUGAUUCUGAUGAGGAAGCAAGGCGUUUAUCUCAAGAAGAGAUUGAAGCUGCUGUUAGAGGAAUAGAUGAUGGGAUGAUUUAG